AGGCCAUCGAGCCGCAGUCCUCCAGCAUUCCUAGAGCGACAGUCAAGUGCGCCGCGGAGCGAGAGCGGCCGCUCAGUAAAGAGCUAACAAGCUGCUUGAAAGCUUUUGGCUUUUCCCGUGGGUCCUUGGAGGGAAAUACUAAUAUACUUAUGGGCUCCCCAGAUGAUUCAGCAGUAAAGAAUUCACCUGCAGUGCAGGAGAUGCAAGAGACCCGGGUUCGAUUCCUGGGUCAGGAAGAUCCUCUGGAGGGAGGACAUGGCAGCCCGCUCCAGUAUUCUUGCCUGGAAAAUCCUGUGGACAGAGAAGCCUGGCGGUCUACAGUCCAUAGGGUUGCAAAAAGUCGGAUGCUACUGAGCACGAUAUAGUUAUGGACAAGGAGACAUGGAAAGUUUUGGGGUUUUCUGUUUGUUUUGGUUUUAAUUUUUGGCUGUGGAUGCGUCUUCAUUGCUGUGUGCAAGGCUUUCUCUAGUAGCAGUGAGUGAGGACUACUCUCUCCAGUUGAGAUGCCCUCAUUUACCUCAAAACAUGUCUCUGAAUUAGGUAUUAUCUUCAUUUUACAAAUGAGUAAACAGUGUAGUGACAGAGUUGGAUUGGAACCCAGGCCCCUUGUCUCCUGGAUUCUACUGUCUUUGUUUUUCUACCUUUCUGGUUGUUCCUUCUUACUUCUCUUCCUUACAUGUAGGUGUUUCCCAGGUUCCAGCCCCACUUACCCUUUUCCCAGCCAUAACUAACAACUACCCUGAACAUGUGAGGUUUUCCAACAGCUCUGCGCUCAGGUUUUUCUCUGUCUGGAAAACCCUUUCUGUAUUUUCUUGUCUGACUUUCACAUGUCUUUUACGAGUCAGAAGGGCUCACCUUCAAGAGGCCUUUUCUGACCUGCUAACAGGGAUUAAGUGUCUUACCACUGAGCUCUGCUAGCAUCCUGUGUCUACCUUCACCGUGGCACUUAAUACAUGCAACUGUAAUUGCUUAUUUACUUGAUUUCUUGUGGGGCAGAGGGCUAUAGAGGCCAGAGGUUAUUUCAUCUCUGUAUCUCCAGCAACUAAGAGUGUGGCACCUAGACAAUAAAUGAGGGGUAUCCCUGAGGAGGCAGUCAAAAGAAAGUUGCCCAAAAUAGAGCAGUCUGAAGGUGGGGAUGGCGACAGCAUGGGGAACCGUUCCUUCCCUGGCUCCUGUGAACCUGAAGAAGGAGGGGCUUCAGGUGGUGAAGGAGGAUCACCUCUCUGCUCGGGAACGGGGAGUCAAACUGCAGGGAAACGGCACAGGCUUCGGGCAGGAGCCCUUGUGUAAGCGGUUCAGGCAGUUGCGCUAUGAAGAGACCACAGGACCUCGAGAGGCACUGAGCCGGCUCCGGGAACUCUGCCGACAAUGGCUACAGCCUGAGACCCACACCAAGGAGCAGAUCCUGGAGCUGCUGGUGCUGGAGCAGUUCCUGACCAUCUUGCCGGAGGAGCUCCAGGCCCGGUUGCGGGAGCAUCACCUGGAGAGCGGGGAAGAUGCGGUGGUUUUCCUGGAGGAUUUGCAGCCAGAGCUGGGAGGAACAGGACAACAGGAGGACCCAAACCAGGCAAAGAAACAGGAAGUGCUCAUGGAGGAGACAGCCCCUGGAAAAGCCAUGCCAGAACGGCAGGUCCAACCUGAAGGUGACAUUCCACAGCCCGAGAGAGAGAAGGGGGAGGCGAAAAGGAUUGAGAAUGGGAAGCUGGUUGUAGAGACAGACUCCUGUGGAAGAGUGGAAUCAUCUGGGAAACCAUCUGAACCCAUGGAGGUUCAUUACAAGGACUCUAACUUGGAUAGGCAGCAGGCUGAGCCCAAGGAGAAGACUGACUGUAAAUGCUCAGAAUAUGGGCAGGGGUUCUUCCAGCAUUCAGACCUGAUUAAGCAUGAAAGUUCACACAAGAAAGAAAAACUCUGUGAAGCUGAAGUGUGUCAGAGUUUGAGUCUUCCUGGACAUCAGAAAAUUUGCUCUAGAGAAAAAGGUCAUCAGUGUCAUGAAUGUGGGAAAGCCUUUCAGAGAAGUUCACACCUUGUCAGACAUCAGAAAAUCCAUCUUGGUGAGAAGCCUUAUCAGUGCAAGGAGUGUGGGAAAGUCUUUAGCCAGAAUGCAGGCCUUUUGGAACAUCUCAGGAUCCAUACUGGAGAGAAACCUUAUCUAUGUAUCCACUGUGGAAAGAACUUUCGGCGCAGCUCCCACCUUAAUCGACACCAGAGAAUUCACAGUCAGGAAGAGCCCUGUCAGUGCAAAGAGUGUGGGAAAACCUUUAGUCAGGCCCUUCUCCUCACCCACCAUCAGAGAAUCCACAGCCGCUCCAAAAGCCACCAGUGUAAUGAGUGUGGGAAAACCUUCAGUUUGACCUCAGACCUUAUUCGACACCACAGGAUUCACACUGGAGAAAAACCUUUCAAGUGUACUAUUUGCCAGAAAGCCUUCCGAUUAAACUCCCAUCUUGCUCAGCAUGUGAGAAUCCACAACGAGGAAAAACCCUACAAGUGUAAUGAAUGUGGAGAAGCCUUCAGGCAGAGGUCCGGUCUUUUUCAACAUCAGAGAUACCACCACAAAGACAGACUGGCUUGAUGAAGUGUCCUCUCCUUAUGGACCAUCAGAGACAGUACGUUAAUAAGCAGCACUUCAGGAAAAGUCAUUCUAGCCAUUCUGGCAGAGAAUUGGGGGCCAAGUUGAAGGCUUUCUGCCUGCACUCUUAUUUUCCUUGUAGUCAGCUUUGGGCCACAAUAUUUUGACCCUAGAUGGUACUGUGGGAUCAAAGGUAAAAGCAUUCUUCACUGCAGGACUUCUCAGAGCCUGUAACAUGGUAAAUGUGUAGUUAUGUGUCUCCAAGUAGCAGAGAGUCUCAUGAUCAAGGGCUUGAAGUCAUCAAUGAGUCAAGUAUGUAUAGAUUUAUAGAUUUAAGCAGAAGAAGAGAGGGUUGAUAUUUUUGCACAUGCUGCAGCAGCAGUCUCCUAUACAAAAAAAAAAAAAAAAAAAGACUUUGGAAUACCACACUGAAAGGUACCUUUUAAUUUUUUUUUUUUUUUUUUGCUGCAUUGCACAGCACAUGGGAUCUUAGUUCUCUGACCAGGGAUCAAACCCAUGCCCCCUGCAUUGGGAGCGCAGACUUCCACCGGACUGCCAGGGAAGUCCCUCAAAGGUAUCUUAAAGUGCAGGUUAUUAAUGGUAAACAUUUUUCCCCACUGAUUUUACUACCCCAUCCCCACCCCAAUCAGCAGAAACAUUUUGGAAAGCAAUGAUGAUCUAAUUUUACCAUUUCCCAGCCCCAUCCCUGCCGUGUAUACCUCAUUGAUUCAAAUUAGAAACUAAAGUUUUAUUUAGACUAUGGAAGAGAUUUGGUAAGUUAUUUGAAUGAACCAGGCUGAAUUAAUCCAAGUAGCAACUAUCUUACUUGAUAACUUCAGUAUUAGUAGAGUGGCUCCUGCAUAGCAACUUUGAUAAAUGUCUGGGGAAAGAAAUUGGAUUUUUUUCCUUUAAUACUGAUGAUGUAACUUUAAAAUGCUGUUUGUUCUGGAAUUUUGAAAGUCAAGUAAUAAAAUCAGCUUGGAAGAGA